AAUGUUGACGAAAAAUGACGCGAGAAAGAGAUGUUGCAUGAUAUUGCCGAUGGUCCCAGGAGUUCCGAUGAAAGGAUCGCCGUAAUCUAUUGUAGCAGAGAUGGAAACAAAUCUAGUCGCCGUCAUGUUUCAGGAACGGAACUGCUUCUUGCAGCUGAGUCAGUUAGGCAUGAACUUGCACAACACAGAACUGGACUGGUUGUCGGAGUGUACUCCCCUGCCGACCUCUACUUGCCAUCGUGUCUCUUGGGCAUCCUUCAAGCAGGGCUUGCAUUCCUGCCCAUCGAUCUAAGCCUUCCCCGUGGAAGGAGGUUAUCUGUGGCAAAUCAUUUCUCAGUUUGCUAUUUCAUUGUCAAGUCAUCCCUUAUUCAGGAGUUCUCCUCUCUAGCCAAUAUUCCAUCGGCGUGCAUACUGCAUCAAUCUUACUGCUGCUUUGGUAACUAUUGUGUCCUGAGCUAUGCACCGGACCAGCAGCAGCAACGUUCACAGAGUGCUUGCUCUUCCUGUGUCAAGCCAACACUGCAUUGCAGUAGUAGCAGUGGCCUGAACACUGCCAACCAAGACCAGAACCCAGCAUCACCUUCAUCGAUUGAGGUCAUGGCUGAUGUUGCUAAGUGCCAUGUGCCCAAUGAGCCUGCAGCCAAGAAACCGAAGUUGGGGUCAGAUAGCGAAUAUACAGCAGCAAACCAGCAUGCUGGCGAUAGUUUCACUGCUACUGCUUGCACCUGUGAUGUUGCCAAUGGUGCUGAUGCGGAUGGCGAUGACUCGGAUGCUAUUGACAAGCAAAUUGCCUAUGUAAUGUGUACAUCAGGGACAACUGGUGCACCGAAAGUUGUGUCAGUUCCUCACCAGUGCAUCGUGCCCAACAUCCACCACUUGAGCAAGACCUUUGGACUUGGAGUGAGCGACACUCUUCUUGUGUCGUCUCCGUACACGUUUGACCCGUUCAUUGUGCAGAUUUUCCUCGGUCUGCGCAGCCGUGCAACGCUGGUGAUGGUGUCACAAGAUGUCCUGCUGGCACCCGAAUACCUUCUCCGUGUUAUUAUGGAUGAAUCGGUCACAGUCUUUCAGCCAACCCCGUCGUUGUUUGCUAGGUUUUCAACGGAUCAGAUGCGAAAGAUACUAUCUCCAUCAUCUUGCCUGCGUGUUCUAGCUUUCGGUGGUGAGUUGUGUCCAUCGCCGGCAGACCUCAGGAGCAUCAAACAUGCCGAUAAUAGCACGCGGUUGUAUGACCUAUACGGCAUCACAGAGGUGUCAUCCUGGGCUAGCUGUCAUGCCAUAGAUGUGCAACUGCCAGCUCGGAACUUUACAUUUGCACCAGAGGACCUUCUGGAAGGCACUGAAUUUGAAGUUCGUUGUUGCAACUCUGGAAUGCCCUUAUCGGCUGGCAAAGGGCAGCUUUGGCUUGUGUGUGCUCCCGUGUGUCCUGCUUCACUACUUCCUUCCCAUGCAUCCAUGCACACACACUUAUGUUGUCCAGGUGGAUAUCGCCGUGUAUGCGUGUUGUCCGGGGAAGAUGAACUGACGGCAGGUGUGUUUCGCAACACCGGCGACUUGGCUUGUCUCAACGCCGACGGGUCUGUUACGGUGUUGGGUCGAAGUGAUCGUCAGAUCAAGCGCAACGGCCAGCGCAUCAAUUUGGACGAGCUUCAGGAGGUGAUGCAUACCUUCUCACGCAUUGCUCACUGUGUGUUCUUUGAGGUCAGCGCCGAUGGACGCCAAGCUAAUGCCAGUGAUAUUCACAAUACCACUCCUCUUCAUCUGGUAAUGGCUGUGCAGCUUGCAUCCGAUGUGCAGGAGAUGAAUGCCGGCGCACAGAAACGUAUGCUGUGGGCGGACGGCGUGAAGAAGCUGCUGUCCUCGCCUUGCUGGCCAGAUUGCAUUCUUAUUGUAGAUGAAUGGCCUGUGACAAACAAUGGCAAGACUGACAUACAGCAUCUCCAGUCACUGUUGCUGACUGAGAAAGAGCAUCAUCUUGAUAGUGGCGUGGUGUUGGAGGCACCAAAUCGAGCAAACAUUACAGCCGCAGUGCACAACAUUGUUGAGGAACUGUUAGAUCCUAGUGGUGCUGAUGCAUUCCUGUCAUUGGAAACCAGUUUUGUUCAGGCUGGCGGCGACUCGAUUCGGGCAGUGCGUUUCGGCGAACAGUUUCUGCACGUGGCGUGUGUAAAGGGGUGGCCGCUCUCAAACCUCUCAGCCGGUAUUCUAGUGGAUUGUGUGCUGCACAAGUCAUGCUCAGCGUUACUAGAUUUACUUCUUGAUACACUGAUGACUAAUCGCGACUUGAUAGCAGCUAACGAGGAAGAAAGUCAGCUUCCUGCAACACCUGCCCAGGAACAUGGUCUGAUGCAACACGCAUUCGAAACAUCAUUAUUGGGCAGCGGCAGCGACGGAAGCUGUUCUGUUGACCCUCCAUGUGUAGCCAGCACUGGCUCAGCAGUGCCAAGUGACAAUGUUGCACUGCCAUCCCUGGUGACCAAUCGUCAUCUUUCCAGAGGUACCUGUGCUUGUUCCCUCAUGCCUGCUGGACAAUCAACUUACUGCAGAGCGCACUCAUCCUUGGCUAGAGAUUUCUUCAGCAAUGUGGCACCACUGCCCAAGACCCUGGAUAUAGAAUGGAAACUGAACUUGCACAAGUGUGUGGAUGCCUCAGCACUAGUUGUGCUUUAUCCCGAACCAUGUGUUGUCAUCAGCUCUCACUCCGGUCAAGUUGUGUGCGCUGCAGUUGAAACUGGCUAUGAGAAGUGGAGAACUUGCCUUCCGGAUCGCAUUGAAGGCUCUGCAACUCUCAGUGCAUGUGGAUGUAGCGUCAUAGUCGGUUGCUAUGAUGGCUGCAUAUAUACCUGCUCUAUGCUCGACGGUGGCGUACUGUCUUCCUGGCAGACCUCUGACAUUGUCAAGUGCGCUCCAGCGGUUGACAUGGCGACUGGAAACGUAUGGUGUGGUUCGCAUGAUGGACACGUCUAUUGCUUACAGCUGGAGAGCGAGUCGUCUUCAAUAUGCGAUGGCGCUCUUUACUCUUCUGGAGCCUCUGACGGCGUGGAUGUGUGCAGCAGUGUCUCACUGCUGUGUAAGCUUCACUGUGGUGGUGGUGCAGUACUUGCCAAAGUCUGUGUUGACUCUGAGCACAGCGCUGUGUAUACAGCUACACUGGCCGGAUUCAUCUCAGCUAUUUCAUCGACUGAUUACACUGUACUGUGGCGUAUCAACCAUGGUGUGCCCUUUUUCUCAUCACCUGUCCUAACGGGCAACAGCAGUGAGAGUGUAUGUGUAACGGCCGUCAAUGGUGAUGUACUGCAGUACAGGUGUAUUGACGGCUCUAAGAUGUGGCAAGUAUCCUGCAAUGCUCAGGUAUUUUCAGCCCCAACACGCCAACAACUACACACCAAUCAUGCACAAUCCUGUUCUGUCUCGAAAAGAACAACAGCGCCAGUGUCAGUGCCUGGCCGCAGCAUGACAGAUUCAGCUCACGGUGACAAUGUCGACAGUAGUGGAUUGCUAGGUGGCAAUUCUCCCGAUGUGUUGCCACCGCUGAUCAACUCGCACUUGCAAUCUUGUAACAGCGUUGAGUGUAUACUCUUGCCAACUCAUAACAAGGAGAUCUGUGUGAUUGAUAUGACCGGUCAUGUCAUGCACCGAAUUCCACUCUCUGCAGCUAGUAACUCUGCGCCAUAUGUGAUCAGUGCUGCGAGGUAUUCCGCUCAUGCGGAUGCCCUAGCUGAAGAUCAGCUAGCAUGUUCUGGCGCCGGUGGCGAGCCAUCCGAACCUUCUGGAUCGUGUGCUGCUGAACAACUACCAUGUUCAAUGGAACAUGAACAGUGUGUCUGCAGGAAUGGACCUUUCAUUGUUUGUGCAACGACACUGGGAAAAGUUAGCAUUGUUCCAGUGUGCCCUUGUCCUUGUAGCAGCAGUGUGUCACCACUUGCUGAUGCACAGUUGCCUGGCCAGGUGUUCUCCUCACCUAUUGUUUGUGGGCCGUUUGUCCUGCUGGGCUGCCGCGAUGACUUUCUCUAUUGUCUGCGUGUGAGAAGCUAGCCCAAGUUGUCCCUAGUCCUUAUAACUGCACUAACUGGCUUACAAGUUGUAGAUGCUUUUUUUAACGUUGUGAUUUUAGGGUGUUCAUUAGUUUGCGGGCGUUUAGGGUGUGGCGAGGAUGUGUGGGGGCUAGUACGGAUUUUGGUGUCCUAGUUUCAUUUUUAGGUUCGUUGCAUUGACAAUAUUUUCAUGUUAGAAUUUUUUCAAUUUUGUUUAUGAUUUCUAAAAGCCGGUAUCAAGGCUUGCAUUGGCGAAGAAAGAUAAAAUACCAUACAUGCACCUGCCCCUGCCUUUAUGUUUGUGAAUGUCAUUUUGUGAGAGUGGUCUGUCUGCCGUGCUGCUUGUGCGCAUGAUACCUCUCUAACCGCUGCCACAGAUAUGCCAGUAAUUGAGCAUAAAAUAAUGGUAGUGCUAGGAACUACAGCUAAUCUCUCCCCUCAGGCCUCACUCGUAUUUAUGCCGGACAGGUCUUGAUUUGAAUGGGUCACCUAUGUAGUGGCCAUGUACAGUACGUGUACCUGGUAAACUCACAAGCACUGCUGCUUACUGGUAUGUUGUGUGAUAACAACGCCUAUGCCGGUAUGAUAAUGAUGGCAAUAGUAUGGCUAGUACUAGUAUGUCUACUAUAGUAGCUGUUGUGUAGGUAGAGAUCCCUGAUCUGAUGGCAGUGAUGCCACUUGCCACUGCCAGUCAGCCAGCUCUAUCCUCCAUGCAGGCGUCAUGACAACUGACUCCGAGCAGGUAGUCGUCAAAGAAACCUCCCUGGUACCAAGGCAAGAGUCAAGACGGUGACAAGUAAAGCAUGUGGAGUCGAGUGUGGAUCUUGUCUGCACCGCCGUGUAGAAUCUACCGCUCUGGACUGUGGAGUAUGACUAUGAUUGUGGUAACUGGUUGUGUGAAGAACAAACGUUACUGUAGGUAAGUUGAUUCCUAGCUGUGCUUCAACUUAUCUGAGGGUGGUGGAUUUCCACCAACAGUGAGUCAUUCAUCGUCAGGUUUCCCAGGCGCGUUUACUCGACUGAAGCCGAAACCAUCUCUCCUUAUCACGACUGCCUGUUCAUGUGUGAAGGUUACCACUUUCCUGGUCGCGCGGAGCGCAUGUUUUGCGCGUUUAUAACGUCGAGUCGUUUGAAUGGAGCCGUCAGAGGACAACAUUAACAAUGCACCGGUAUCUAAAAGUGCGGAGUGGGAGGACAAGACACAGUCUUCGGACGGUUCUGCCACCUUCACCUCUCCUGGCAAACCAAGUGAUGGAGCAGGCUGUCUGACUACUUCGGCCAAUCCUGACACCGAGAACCAGCAGCAAAGUGUGGUCGUUGACGAUUCAGAGGAGAACUCAACGGACAGAAACGGAGAUGAGGAAUUAUCUCCGCCAACAGCGUGUGAAGUGGGUUCUGGACCGACAACACGAGCAGCAGGCGCCAUGCCGGUUGUGUCCAUACAGAUAAUUCCCAGCUCUCCAAUAGGGGAUGAAGCCCCCGUCGUAAGUCAGCCAGUGAACUCCGAGGAUUCCCGAGCAUCUUCUAUGUCGCCGGAGGCAGUCGCGGCGCUAUCCGACACCUCGUCAAACACGGAGGUGACUGGAGUGAGAGACGGAACUCAAGCUGAAGAUACUUCUCCCCGGCCUCGUGAUAAUCUUGUCCAGGAGGAUGGUUUACCGCUCUACUCGACGGAAACUGCUGACCAAGAAACUAACGUUAGUAGUGCAAGCAGUAGUCAGUCACGAACAACGAGACGACGGUUUGAAGAUCCACGGCAAGUGACAAUGCUCUAUAUGAACCAACACAACGUUGAUGGCGUCCUCAAGGUAGGUCCUCCAGCUGUAUUACCUACAAAAAGUACAUGACUGUACACUAGUCAUGUAAAUUGUCUUCUCAAUGAAGAGUUGGUAGAUGUGCAAUGACUAUGAGUUGGUAGAUGUGCAAUGACUAUGUACUACUUCGUACUGUGGUUUUGUCGUUGUGCUAUGGAAGGUUGGAGGGUUGAAUAUAAUAGUAGAGUCUAAUGGAGUAAUGGAAAUCACUAUCUCCCCUCACUGGAUGAUGCUUCCGAUGA